GGUAGGGACACGUGGGUCUUAGCGACACUAGUAAACAACCAACCCUGUGUAUGAACUAAAGUGGAGGGAGGCCCGUCUUUCCUAGAAGUACCGGAAGCGGAAGGGAAGAAACAUGCAGGACCACCAGCAUGUGCCCAUUGACAUCCAGACCAGCAAACUGCUUGACUGGCUGGUGGACAGGAGGCACUGUAACCUGAAAUGGCAGAGUCUGGUGCUAACAAUCCGAGAGAAGAUAAAUGCAGCCAUCCAAGACAUGCCAGAAAGCGAAGAAAUCGCACAGCUGCUCUCCGGAUCUUAUAUUCACUACUUCCAUUGCCUGAGAAUCGUGGACCUCCUCAAAGGCACUGAGGCCUCUACGAAAAAUAUUUUUGGCCGAUACUCUUCACAGAGAAUGAAGGAUUGGCAGGAGAUCGUGUCCUUGUAUGAGAAGGACAGCACUUACCUAGUGGAGAUCUCCAGCCUCCUAGUCCGGAAUGUUAGUUAUGAGAUACCCUCCCUGAAGAAGCAGAUCGCCAAGUGCCAGCAAUUGCAGCAAGAGUAUGGCCGUAAGGAGGAGGAGUGCCAGCUGGGAGCGGCAGAGAUGAAGGAGCGUUUCUAUAACUCCUGCAAACAGUACGGCAUCACUGGAGACAACGUCCGAAGGGAAUUGCUGGCAUUGGUGAAGGAUUUGCCGAGUCUGUUGACUGAUAUUGGGGCCAGGGUUGAGUCACUGUGGGAAGCUAUUGAGCUCUACCAGGCCUGUGUGGGAUUUGUGUGUGAGAGCCCCACAGAGCAGGUGGUGCCAAUGCUGAGACAUGUGCAGAAGCGGGGAAACACGACCGUAUAUGAGUGGAGGACAGGGACAGAGCCCACAGUGGUUGAGCGGCCAUGUCUGGAGGAACCCCCUGAGCAGGUGGCGGAUGAUGCAAUCGACUGGGGCAACUUUGGAAUAGAAUCAGCUUCGGAAGGGAUUAACUAUGGCAUCUCCACUGAGACAGAUGAAAUUGACUGGGGAAUCUCCCUGGAGCCUGAUUCAAAGGAAGCUUGUAACGAAGGAAUAAACUGGGGAGAUGGAGAUACUGAUCCCGUGGAGAUAACAGUGCUAGAAGCAGGAACCGAGGCUCCAGAAGGGGUCGCAAGGGGUCCAGAUGCUCUGACCCUUCUCGAAUAUCCCGAAACCCGGAAUCAGUUUGUGGAUGAACUCAUGGAGUUAGAAAUCUUCUUGUCCCAGAGAGCAUUGGAGAUGAGUGAAGAGGCAGACAUCCUAUCAGUGAGCCAGUUCCAGCUGGCUCCACCCAUCCUGCAGGGUCAGACCAAAGUGAAAGUGGUUGCCAUGGUGUCAGUUUUGCAGGAUCUGAUUGGCCAGCUCACCAGUCUUCGAAUGCAACACCUGUUUAUGAUCCUGGCCUCACCAAGGUAUGUGGAUCGGGUGACCGAUCUCCUCCGGCAGAAACUGAAGCAGUCUGACUUGCUGGCCUUGAAGAAAGAGCUGAUGGUCCAGAAGAGACAGGAAGCUCUUCAGGAGCAGGCAUCUCUGGAGCCCAAACUGGACCUGCUGAUAGAGAAAACGAAAGAGCUGCAGAAACUGAUUGAAGCAGACAUUUCCAAAAGGUACAACGGCCGCCCUGUGAACCUGAUGGGAACCUUCCUGUGACAUGUCCUGCCUUCUCACCUGCUCAGCCUUUGGGAUGGAGGUCGGCUGGACGAGAGAGUAGUGGCAUAGGCCUCUCUAAUCGAAAGAGCCAACAAAUGGGAAGGAAAUCUCAAAAAGGGGAGAUUUAGAGACCUUGCCCUUUGGCACUUUUGUCAUGAUUGGCUUUGUGGUCUGGUUAUCUGGUAACCAUCACUCUCAGUUUAGUGGGGUGUAAUUAAAAAAAAAUGCUUUGCGUCUUG